CAUUUGCUCAGGCAAACAUGCAGGUGCGCUCCAAGAAGCCCGUUUGGUUCCUGUUCAAGAUGAUGGAGCUGCUGCUGAGCCUGGGCUGCUGCCUCGUCCAUUGGACCUGUUUCAUGGAGGAGGGUGUGCCGCACAUCUUCCUGCUGUGCGGGACGUACGGCGGCUCGGUGAUCAUAUGCUUCAUAUCCCUGAUUGGGGCAUUCUACGCCGAGCGGCCGAAGAUGAAGCACGAGGCGCUGUUCGGCGGCAUCUUGGGUGGCCUGCACAUGGUCACCGUGUACGCCAACAUGUACGUGGCCACCUUGGAGGAGUUCCGCACUGAGCGAUGGCCCAGCUUCUAUGCGUGCUGCCGGGACAACGCCAUCGUGGCCCUGUACGCCGGCGCCAUUUACCUGAUGCACUGCACCUUCGCCCUGGACCUCAUGUUCUCCCACUCGCGCAGCAGGGCGAACCAGAAGCUGCAUCCGCAGAGGAGCAGGCGACCACUGCAGCUGUACUUCAUCAGCCGGGGCGCGGAGGCCUAUCUGAGUCGCUUCUGGUUCUUCCGGCGCAUCGCCGCCAGGAUGCUGACGAGCGCCCAGCCAUCGGAGCACUCCGCCCGGAAGCGGCAGGUCUCGUCCUCCGAGUCGGACUCGGAUGCCAAGGAGAGGGAGGCGGAGCCGACCAGGCAAUCGCAGGUUUUCAAAUAGCUCAAGUAAUUAAAUAAUACCGUUCA